UCAGCCUGUCCUGUCCCAUUGUGGAUCUGAGCCUGUUCUUCACUAGCUUGACACACUCUGACUCAAACUGUUCUUGCAGUUCUGUAUCUAUUCUUCCGCUGUCAGACGCUAGUGUAGCGUAGGUCAGUAUCGUUUUCCUGCGGUGUUUCAUGCUCUCCUAUGCGCUCAGCGGCAUGUUUCCAGUCGCUAAAGCCAGUUUCGAAGAUGGACUGACAGUUACCAUCACUGAAGAUGCGACAUGCAAAACAAAACACACAGCCGGUGGAAGGGGAAUAUAAGAGCCAUUGCCUUGAUAUGUACUCACCAUUUACGAGCUAGCAUUUGAAGUGAAAUUUGGAGAAAAAAUGUCUCUGCUGUUUGUAUACUCGUUCCGAAGCUUUGAUAUCCACACCUUUAUUCUGGCAGGACUCCGGUCCUUUCUUAGCCCAGUAUGCUCGGACUGAAUCAUCUAACGUUUCCUUUCCCCAGCGAGGACGAUCAGUGCUGGAAGGAUCCUUAGUAGCGGUAACGUUAACAUUAAUGGUGGCCCGACUUGGUUGUUUGGAAGUCUCUGUGGUCGGGAAUCCCAAAGUCAUACUCUCUGCCUCUUCAACGUUAGCUGCUGACUGUGGCAACGAUGGUGAUCCUGUGCUAACGCUGGUGCUAGCACUAGCUGUUGAACAAGUCUCCAUUUGUCCACAGGUCUCAGACUGUAACAAGAGCGAUGGUACUGCUGCAUCAUCGAGAACAGACUCAGAAGUCAUGGAUCGAAGAUGUCUUCUAUAAGCGAGAAUGUGGAAAAAUUAUAACAAGUUCAAGAGAUUCACACAGGUGUCUUCCAGGAUGCCAGAUUUGCCAGAACCUGGUGCGAUGCUGCUGUGGCAGACUGGUUGGGGAUCACUCUGGCUUGGAUAGUAAAUUGCCCGUCUAUUUAUCAGCUCAUGAUAAUGAAGAGGAGCAGUGGUGUAUUGAGAAUCACACCACUACGAGUCCAACUGAUGCUUUUGGUACCAUAGACUUCCAGGAUGGUGCUCAUUCCUAUCGAGCUAAGUAUAUCAGAGUCUCGUAUGAUACAGAAACUCAUCAGCUCCUACAUCUGAUGCUGAAGGAAUGGCUGAUGGAACUACCAAAACUGCUGAUAUCUGUCCAUGGAGGUAGCCAAAAUUUUGAACUUCCUCCCAAAGUCAAACAAAUCUUUAGCAAAGGACUUAUCAAAGCAGCUGAGACCACGGGAGCCUGGAUAGUGACUGAAGGCAUCAAUACAGGAACUUCUAGACAUGUUGGUGAUGCAAUAAGAGAUAAUACUUCUCCAUAUCUACGGAAAAUCUGUAUAAUAGGUAUUACUCCCUGGGGAGUCAUUGAAAACAAUGGAGAUUUGAUAGGAAAAGAUGCCAUCUGUCCGUAUCAAAUGCUUGGCAAUCCCCUGAGCAAACUGACCUGUUUAAACAGCAAGCAUUCCCAUUUCAUCCUGGUAGAUGAUGGGACUGUUGGCAAGUAUGGCAACGAAAUGAAGCUGAGAAGAAAGCUGGAAAAAUACAUUGCACUGCAGAAAAUCCAUUCUCGAAUGGGUCAAGGUGUCCCUGUAGUAGGGCUGGUGAUUGAAGGUGAUCCCAAUGUCAUCCUCACAGUAUGGGAGUAUGUCAAGGAAGUUCCUCCUAUACCUGUUGUUGUGUGUGAAGGAACAGGCCGAGCAGCUGAUCUCCUGGCUUUUACCCAUAAACAUACUGCAGAUGACAGGAAAUUGUAUCCUGGCUUGGAAGCUGAAUUAAUAUUAAUGAUCCAGAAGACCUUUAAUUUUGGACAGAAGCAAUCAGAUCAUUUAUUUAAAAUUCUUAUGGAAUGUAUGGAGCAUAGAGAAUCAAUUACAAUUUUUGAUGCAGACUCUGAAGAACAGCAGGACAUUGAUCUGGCAAUUUUGACAGCUCUCCUCAAAGGUACAAAUACUUCUGCGUCAGACCAGCUAAGUUUGGCACUGGCAUGGGAUAGAGUGGACAUUGCUAAGAGAAACAUUUUGGUAUACGGACAACAUUGGAAGGUGGGCUCACUGGAGCAAGCCAUGCUUGAUGCUUUGCUAAUGGAUCGGGUGGACUUUGUGAAACUACUCAUUGAGAAUGGAGUGAGCAUGCAUCACUUUCUCACCAUCUCCAGGCUCGAGGAACUCUACAACAUGAAACAAGGUCCAACUAAUCUUUUGUUGCAUCACUUGGUCCGAGACAUGAAGCAGAGCAACCUACCACCUGGUUACAAGGUUACCCUGAUCGAUAUUGGAUUAGUGAUGGAAUACCUGGUAGGAGGUGCAUACAGAAGCAGCUAUACACAGAAGUCCUUCAGAGUCCUCUACAACAGCCUCUACAGACAGCACAAGCGAGUUGGCCGUCUUUGUGUAACCAAUUUCACUCAAAGCUGGAGCCAUCAUUCCCUGCACAGAGAACCAGCUUCCAUAAUGGGAAAUAGUGAGCCGAGACUACAUUCCCAGUUCAUUAGAACAGCUCAACCAUACAAACGCAAGGAUAAGUCUGUUUUACUUUGUAAAUCAAAACGGAAGCAAAAGGAAGAAGUAAUGUUUUCAGAGGAUCAUGAUUCUGCAGGUUUUAUUUAUCCCUAUAAUGACCUGCUGGUGUGGGCAGUGCUGAUGAAACGGCAAAGGAUGGCCUUGUUUUUCUGGCAGCAUGGCGAAGAAGCCAUGGCGAAGGCAGUCGUGGCCUGCAAACUGUACAGAGCCAUGGCUCAUGAGGCUAAGCAGAGUAAUAUGAUGGAGGAUACCUCAGAACAGUUAAAACAAUAUUCCAAGGAAUUUGGCCAGCUUGCUGUGGACCUUUUAGAUCAUGCGUUCAAGCAGAAUGAGCGAAUGGCCAUGAAGUUGCUGACCUAUGAGCUGAGGAACUGGAGUAACUCUACUUGUUUGAAACUGGCUGUGUCAUCUCGACUUCGACCAUUUGUUUCCCACACCUGCACUCAAAUGCUCCUGACUGAUAUCUGGAUGGGACGCCUGAACAUGAGGAAGAACUCGUGGUUUAAGGUCAUUCUGAGCAUUCUUCUGCCUCCCACCAUUCUGAUGCUGGAGUUUAAGAGCAGAGCUGAAAUGUCUCAUAUACCACAGUCUCAGGAAUCACACCAGUUUUCUCGACAGCACAGUUUCCAAAACUCCAAUGCUGUUAACAAUAAACAGCCUUCUAUGGAUUAUGACUCAGAAAAAGGAGGAGAAAAAUCCAAAAGAAGUCAAAAUGAAAUCGUUGGUACAAGACAAAAGGGGCUGCCUUGGACAAGAAAAGCCUAUGAAUUUUACAAUGCACCGAUUGUCAAGUUCUGGUUCCACACGAUUGCCUACUUAGUAUUUCUGAUGCUGUUUACCUACACAGUGUUAGUGAAAAUGGAGCCCUUGCCCAGUGUCCAAGAAUGGAUUGUCAUCAUUUACAUUUUCACAACAGCUGUGGAGAAAGCCAGAGAGAUCUUAAUAUCAGAGCCAGGAAAAUUCAGCCAGAAGGUUAAAGUUUGGGUCCAAGAAUACUGGAACUUCAAUGAUUCUGUGGCUAUAAUUCUGUUUGUUGUUGGAUUUGGUUUACGCUGGACUAACCAACCAUUGCAGAUUGCUGGAAGGAUUAUAUACUCCUUGGAUAUUAUAUUUUGGUUUGUGAGGCUUCUGGAUUUCUUUGCCGUUAAUCAGCACGCAGGUCCAUACUUGACAAUGAUUGGGAAAAUGACAGCUAACAUGUUCUAUAUCGUGAUACUGAUGGCAAUCGUCCUGUUAAGCUUUGGGGUGUCCAGAAAGGCCAUACUUUCUCCAUCGGAGCAGCCUUCCUGGCGUCUGGCUCGGGAUAUCGUUUUCCAGCCUUACUGGAUGAUAUUUGGUGAAGUCUAUGCCGGUGAAAUUGAUCCUUGUGAAGAAAAUGAAGACUGCCCCCCGGGUUCAUUUCUUAAUCCGUUCCUUCAGGCUGUUUACCUGUUUGUACAAUACAUUAUACUAGUCAAUCUGCUCAUUGCUUUCUUCAACAAUGUGUACUAUGAAAUAAAAUCCAUAUCUAACAAACUCUGGAAAUAUAAUCGUUACCGCUACAUUAUGACCUAUCGGGAAAAGCCAAGGCUGCCGCCACCACUAAUUAUUUUCAGUCAUGUGGCUUUGCUUUUGAGUCGAAUUUAUCAACAUCAAGCAAAAAAUGAGGUGGAUCAAGAGGACGAAGAUGUUGGCUUAAAGUUGUACCUGAGUAAGGAGGAGUUGAAAAAACUGCAUGACUUUGAGGAGCUAUGUGUUGAGAAAUACUUCCAUGAGAAAAAUGAGCAUCUUCAUUCGAGUGACAAUGAAAGAAUUAGAGUAACAACCGAAAGAGUGGAAGAAAUGGCAAUGAACUUGAAGGAAGUAAAUGAGAAAGUGCAUUUUGUCAAGGAGUCAUUGCACUCUUUGGACAGUCAGCUGGGACACCUGCAGGACCUCUCAGCUUUCACUGUGGACACUCUGAAAGUGAUUUCUGCUGUGGAUAGUUUAAAAGUGGAUGAAACAUUUCUGGGGAAGAACAUAGAAAACAGUGACAUUGCAAAGUUGCCACAAGGCUGCACCAAUGACAUUUAUUUGAAUUCCUUGGACAAUUUUUCUGUUGAGGUUCAAGCAAAGCAGAAUUAUUAUAGUAAUCCACCUUCAGUCCUUCAGAACUUGUGUUAUCUCAGUCCGUGCACUAUAACUGAAUCACCUGCAUCAGAAAUGCAUGGUGAUAACGAUCAGACAGUGUGCUUUGACCAAAUGGUUUCCAAGCAAAAAGAGUUGGAAGCUGGUACAGUCAUGUCAGUUGUGUCAUCUGAGCCCAUGUCCCCUCAUAAAUGUGAACAGUUAUUCCUAAUCCCCUCUCCUCUCGAAAGCCCAAAGUGUACAGAAGUCCGCUUUAAUGUGUCACUUCCGUGUACUCCAACAUCAACCAAGUUAAACUUGCUUGUUCAGAAGCAAGCUGAUAGUCCAUGCAGCAUCCCAGUUCAGCUCAGCUUUCAAAGGAUGGAUCCUAACCACAAUGAAGUUGACAAUCAUGAUGGAAAACAGUGGGAUAUUACUCCUGUGUCAACUGGGAGGGCUGAUAAACUUUCAUUGGGUUCACUGGCUCCUCCUGUUACUAAUGAUUCUUCCUUGGUACCAGGCAGUGACAGUGAAGGUGGUUACAUCAACUGGGCAUUCAGUGAAGAUGGUGAAGAAGGGAUCUUCAGUGCAAGUUUAAAAAAUCAAGAUAUAAAGUGUGUACAUUCUUUGCUCAAUGUGGAUUGUCAUUAUGGGGAUGGUGGAUCAUGUCAUACUCAUUCGAAAAAAGCUCGAUCCUUGUCCUGGGACUCAGAAACAUACAGGCGUAGCACAGAAAGCCUGGCAUCUUUCUCCAAACACAGUAUUUCCUAUUGGAUAAACCCACUGAGGAAACGCAACUCCUCUGGAUGGAACAGCAUCAGGUUAAAGAUUCAAAAGGAAGAAAAUCAGUGGCGGAAAAGUAAAAUGAAAGCCUCUACAAAAUCAUCACAUCUUUACCACUCAAUGACGUCACAAAAUGGCAAGAAAGCAUCAUCCAGAGAACAGAAGAAACAGCCAUAUCUACAGGUACCGGUCAUCACAGUGGAUGGGUGCUCUCAGAAGAGCUCAGAUACUGAUCAACAAGACCAACAGCAAAUUGGAAGCGAGGAGAAUGUAGAAGAGAAAGAAGGUCAUGAGGCAGACAGUUGUUUAAAUGAAAAUGUUCACAAUCAGGAAACCAGCACAUUAUCAAAGUCAUACCAUGGAGUCCUGAGGAGCUCAUUUGAGGACUUGGCUGAAGGAUCGUUUUGGCUGAGUAGGAGUAAGUUAAGUAGAAAAUCCUCGUCAAGUUCAUGCAUUAUUGAAGGAUAUGGUACCUCAUUUAAAACAUCACAUGAUCUGAACUAUCAUUACUCUGCUGUUGAAAGAAAUAAUUUAAUGAGACUUGCACAGACAAUACCAUUCACUCCUGUCGAUCUCUUUGCUGGUGAGGAGGUAACUAUCUACCAACUUGAGGAGAGUUCAUCCGUGAACCUGGACAAGAGCAUGUCCUCCUGGUCCCAGCGUGGUUUGGCCGCCAUGAUUCACGUCCUUUCAAGGGAGGAAAUGGACGGGGGUCUUCGCAGAGCUUUGAAGGUGUGUUGCACUUGGUCUGAAGAGGAUGUGCUGAAAACUGGGCAGACGUACAUCAUCAAGUCUUUCCAGCCUGAGGUAGUCAAAACCUGGCAGAAAGUCUUUCGCGAAGGCACAGUCUUGCAUCUCUGUCUGAGGGAAAUUCAACAGCAAAGAGCUGCACAAAAACUCAUUCAUAGAUUUAAUCAAAUGAAGCCUCAAGCUAUCCCAUACACUCCAAGGUUUCUGGACGUUUUUCUAGUAUACUGCCAUUCUGCUGGUCAGUGGCUGACGAUGGAGAAAUACAUGAAUGGUGAGUUCAGAAAGUACAACAACAACAAUGGAGAUGAGAUCGUCCCGACAAAUCUCCUGGAAGAGACCAUGCUGGCCUUUUCCCACUGGACAUUCGAGUACACAAGAGGGGAACUUCUCGUGCUAGAUUUGCAAGGUGUUGGUGAAAAUCUUACAGAUCCAUCUGUUAUUAAAGCUGAGGAGAAAAUGUCACAGGAAAUGGAGUUUGGCCCAGCUAACCUUGGAGAAGAAGCAAUCAGAAACUUUACUGUAAAACACCACUGUAAUACCUGCUGCAAGAAACUCAAACUCCCAGAUUUGAGGAGAAAUUUUUACAACCCAGGGAGAAUAGAUGCCUCAGUUGAAGAUGACGCCACAGAAGUGAACACACAGUUGUAAUUAUUAGCUUCUAGCAGUUUUGCAUUGAGGAAUACCUGAACCUUUUUGUUUAAUGUUACAGAAAGCCUCCAUCAUGUGGAAUGUUCAAUGCCUUUUUUAAUAUUAUUGAUUAUUAAUAAUAAUAGUCCAGGCGGUUAUCUAUUCCAUGAUUGUGGUCUUGCCAUUAUUAAUAUUUUUCUGUUACAUUUGGUAUUUCUUUCAUGUUAAAAUACACUAGCAGUCACUGCCAUUAAGAAAUGUAUUUCUCUGUGAAGGACAGUGGAUUCUGGUUAAUUAGGCCAUUGGUUAAUCGGGGCAGCCACUUGUUUGGGACAAAAAUUAAAGAACAAAACUAAUUGAGAAAAUAGCUGGGAUUUCGUUCAUUUAUUUGGGACACUAUGUCACUUAAUUGAUUGGGAUAGGAGACAGUUGCUGAAUAGUUUAUAACUUGUAUCAGUUGUGUGCACUUGUGUGGCAAUUAGACACUACAAUGUGUUUAGAGCAAACAGAUUUUAAAUAGUGUCAGUUGUGUGAACUUCCGUUGAAAAAGCAGUGAUCUUUGUCAUUAACAGUUGGCAAGACAUAAGCAGUAAGGCAAUUCACAACUGUUUUGCUCUCUGCGGUUUCAGGCAUUCAGGCUUGAAGUUGUCAGAAACGGCCGGGAGUAACUUCAACAAUUUAUGAACUACAAAGAAUUUAAAGUUCAAAGUCAAAGUUUGAAAUAAAUUUAUUAUCAAAGUACAUAUAUGUCACCAUAUACAACCCUGUGAUUCAUUUUCUUGCUGGCAUACUGAAUAAAUCCAUAAUAGAAUAAUAACUAUAAUAGAAUCAUUGAAAGAACGCACCAAUUUGGGCGUUCAACAAGUGAGCAAUGACAAUAGACUGUGCAAUUACAAAAAGAAAGUAAUAAUAAUGAAUAAAUAAACAAUAGCUAUUGAGGACAUGAAAUAACAAGUACUUGAAAUGAGUGCGUAGGUCGUGGCAACAUUUCAAUGAUGGGGCAAAUGAAGUUGAAUGAAGUUAUCCCCUUUGGUUCAAGAGCCUGAUAGCUGAGGGGUAAUAACUGUUUCUGAACCAGGUGGUGAGAGUCUGGAGACUCCUGUAGAUAUGCUCAAUGGUGGGGAGGGUUUUACUCAUGAUGGACUGGGCUGUAUCCAAUACUUCAAGAUUUUUUGGUCACGGGUAUUUGUGUUUCCUGAUGCAGCCAGCCAAUAUACUCUCCACCCCACAUCUAUAGAAGUUUCUCAAAGUUUUAGAUGUGAUGCUGAAUUUUUGCAAAAUCCUAAGGAAGUGGAGGUGCUGCCAUGCUUUCUUCGUAAUUGCACUUGCAUGUUGGGCCCAGGACAGGUUCUUUGAAAUGUUGACACUGAGGAAUUUAAAGUUGCUGACCCUCUGAUCCUCCAAUGUGGACUGGUACUUGGAUGUCUGGUUCCCUGCUCCUGAAGUCAAUAAUUAGCUCCUUGGCCCUGCUGAUAUUGAGUAAGAGGUUGGCAUGGCACUACUCAGCCAGAUUUUCAAUCUCCUUCCUAUAUGCUGAUUUGUCACAAACUUUGAUUCGGCCUAUGACACUGGUGUUGUCAAUAAACUUGAAUAUGAAAUUGGAGCUGUGCUUAGCCACGAAGUCAUAAGUGUAAAGCGAGUAGAGCAGGGGGCUAAGCACACAGCCGUGUGGUGCACCUGUAUUGAUGGAGAUUGUGAGGAGGUGUUUUUGCCAAUCCAAACUGACUGGGGUCUGCAAGUGAGGACAUUGAGGAUCCAAUUGGGCAAGGAGGUACUGAGGUCAAGGUUUUGAAGCUUAUUGAUUAGUUUUGAGGGGAUGAUGUUAUUGAAUCCCGAACUGUAGUCGAUAAAGAGCACUUUGAUGUAUGCAUUUUUGUGGUCUAGAUGUUCCAGGAUUGAGUGAAGAGCCAAUGAGAUGGCACCUGGUGUGUACCUAUUGCUCCGGUAGGCAAAAUGGAGCAGUUCCAAAUAACUUCUCAGGCAGGAGUUGAUGUUUAAUCACCAACCUCUCAAAACACUUCAUAAUUGUGGAUGUAACUGCUACUGGAUGAUAGUCAUUGAGGCACGUUACCAUGUUCUUCUUAGGCACCAGUGUAAGUGAAGACUGCUUGAAGCAGGUAUCUCAGACUGCUGAAGCAAGAGGUUAAAGAUCUCAGACUGCUGAAGGGAGGGAUUAAAGAUCUCAGUGUUGAUUAGCACAGGUCUCUUAGUACUCUACCACCUACCCCGCCUGGGCCGCUGCUUCCCAUGGGUUCACUCUCCUGAAGGCUCCUUUCACGUCGGCAUCAGAGAUGGAAGUCACAGGGGCUAUGGAAGUUCAUGAUGAUUCCUCCCAUGUUUUGACAGUCAAAGUGAAUUUAGAAGGCUUUGAGAUCAUCUGGAAGCAAAGCCCUGUUGACGCCUAUGUCGCUUGAUUUUACAUUAUAAAAGGGGAUUGCAUUCAAGCUCUGCCACAUAUGUCAAGCAUCCUUCGUUGAUUCAAGUUUAGACUGGAAUUGCCACUUCUCCUGUGAGAUUGAUCACCAGAGAUUAUACUUGGACCGCUUGUAACUUUCUUGGUCACCAGACUUGAAUGCCUCCAACUUGGUCCUCCGCCAGGGCUUCUGGUUGGGGAAGACUCUGAAUGAUUUUGUGAAUACACUCUCAUCUACAACUGUUUUAAUAAAGUCCAUGGCAAUUAUGGUAUUCAGAUCCAUUGAUGAAGCUUGAGUCAUUGAAUCUUGAGGAUAUCGACAAUCAUCUUGAAUGUUACAAUAAAGAUGAAGAUUUGGAUGAUGCCAUCAUCUAUAGAAUUGCAUGAAUGCAGUCCAUUAUCUGCACUAGGUGUCUGUGCUGAUUUUGUUCAUGUACAAUCAGUCAAAAGGACACGGCAGUGUACACUGGAUGAAUUUCUCCAUUAAUAACUGGAACUAAUACACGGUUUUAUAGUAAUGUAGUGAUAUUGGUAGUGUUCUAAUUUAUUCUGUAUUUCAUUUAAUUACAUAAUUUCUUACUCAGUUAAACAGUAGGUUGUCUUUUUGUACCCUUUUAAGUAGUUCCAUGAAGCUUCGGCUAAUUGGGGCAGCCGCCUAGUUGGGCCAGAAUGUAUUAGUCCUGAUGUAUCCCAAUUAACCAGAAUCCACUGCAAUUGUAUCAAUGUCACCAGACGGACAAGCAAUUUUCAAAGUAGUAUCGACUGAAAUUGCAAACACCAGUGAAGUUACAACAGAGGAUCCUCUGAUGAAUUUAGUUAACCACAUUCAAGUAAAGCACUUUACAAACACCUGGAAGCUCUUUAAAAAAUUAUUAGUGGGCAAAUUAGCAAACAAAGUUAUUUCUACAAAUUAGCUAUUGAAUAUUUUGACAUCACUUUCAGGAAUGUGUCAUUAUCUUGUACUUAUCUCUGAAUAAUUUGGAAGGCUGGAGGCCAUGAUAUAUUUCUGUAUGUUCUAAUGAACACUGCUGCAAGUCAAGAGUUAGUUGCUAUUCCAUUGAAUUAUAUUUGUUGUAAGGCAGAUCAGUAUUAUUGAUGACAACAUUUUCUAUGAUGAACAGUCCUGCUCUUAUAUAAUUUCCCUCAAUGCCAGCUAUUAAUUAACCCAUUUGAUAUUUAAUUAGAGCUGUGAAAUUCUACAAGAAGCUCCAUUAGGCUUUUAUUGACACUUUGGCAAGAAACAUAGAAACAUAGAAAAUAGGUGCAGGAGUAGGCCAUUCGGCCCUUCGAGCCUGCACCGCCAUUUAUUAUGAUCAUGGCUGAUCAUCCAACUCAGAACCCCGCCCCAGCCUUCCCUCCAUACCCCCUGACCCCCGUAGCCACAAGGGCCAUAUCUAACUCCCUCUUAAACAUAGCCAAUGAACUGGCCUCAACAGUUUCCUGUGGCAGAGAAUUCCACAGAUUCACCACUCUCUGUGUGAAGAAGUUUUUCCUAAUCUCGGUCCUAAAAGGCUUCCCCUCUAUCCUCAAACUGUGACCCCUCGUUCUGGACUUCCCCAACAUCAGGAACAAUCUUCCUGCAUCUAGCCUGUCCAAUCCCUUUAGGAUCUUAUACAUUUCAAUCAGAUCCCCCCUCAAUCUUCUAAAUUCCAAUGAGUACAAGCCCAGUUCAUCCAGUCUUUCUUCAUAUGAAAGUCCUGCCAUCCCAGGAAUCAAUCUGGUGAACCUUCUUUGUACUCCCUCUAUGGCAAAGAUGUCUUUCCUCAGAUUAGGGGACCAAAACUGCACACAAUACUCCAGGUGUGGUCUCACCAAGGCCUUGUACAACUGCAGUAGUACCUCCCUGCUCCUGUACUCGAAUCCUCUCGCUAUAAAUGCCAGCAUACCAUUCGCCUUUUUACCGCCUGCUGUACCUGCAUGCCCACUUUCAAUGACUGGUGUAUAAUGACACCCAGGUCUCGUUGCACCUCCCCUUUUCCUAAUCGGCCACCAUUCAGAUAAUAAUCUGUUUUCCUAUUUUUGCCACCAAAGUGGAUAACUUCACAUUUAUCCACAUUAAAUUGCAUCUGCCAUGAGUUUGCCCACUCACCCAACCUAUCCAAGUCACCCUGCAUCCUCUUAGCAUCCUCCUCACUGCUAACACUUCUGCCCAGCUUCGUGUCAUCCGCAAACUUGGAGAUGCUGCAUUUAAUUCCCUCAUCCAAGUCAUUAAUAUAUAUUGUAAACAACUGGGGUCCCAGCACUGAGCCUUGCGGUACCCCACUAGUCACCGCCUGCCAUUCUGAAAAGGUCCCGUUUAGUCCCACUCUUUGCUUCCUGUCUGCUAACCAAUUCUCCACCCACACCAAUACCUUACCCCCAAUACCAUGUGCUUUAAGUUUGCACACUAAUCUCCUGUGUGGGACCUUGUCAAAAGCCUUUUGAAAAUCCAAAUACAUCCACUGGUUCUCCCCUAUCCACUCUACUAGUUACAUCCUCAAAAAAUUCUAUGAGAUUCGUCAGACAUGAUUUUCCUUUCACAAAUCCAUGCUGACUUUGUCCGAUCAUUUCACCGCUUUCCAAAUGUGCUGUUAUCACAUCCUUGAUAACUGACUCCAGCAGUUUCCCCACCACUGACGUUAGGUUAACCGGUCUAUAAUUCCCCAGUUUCUCUCUCCCUCCUUUUUUAAAAAGUGGGGUUACAUUAGCCACCCUCCAAUCCUCAGGAACUAGUCCAGAAUCUAACGAGUUUUGAA